AUGUUGACAAAGAAGCUUCAGCCUGUGCAGAGCUUCCUGUCGCUGGUUUCCAGAAGUGUGGGUCACUUCCCCAGACAGCACUAUGAUGUCAUCGUGGUGGGUGGGGGUCACGCGGGGACGGAGGCGGCGGCUGCAGCAGCAAGACUGGGAGCCGAGACUCUCCUGAUCACACAGAAAAUACACACCAUCGGUGCGCUGUCCUGUAACCCGUCUCUGGGUGGAGUGGGUAAAGGUCAUCUCGUGAGGGAGGUAGACGCUUUAGACGGACUGUGUGGGAGAGCCGGAGACUGGGCCGGGAUCAGCUUCUCCAUCCUUAAUCGUCGAAAAGGACCUGCUGUUUGGGGGCCAAGGGCACAGCUGGACCGUCAACGCUACAGGGAGUUUAUGCAGUCAGAGCUGCUGUCCACUCCCAGGCUGACGGUGAUGGAGGGGUCGGUGGAGGAGCUGCUGGUUACAGAUCCAAACCCGGAACAACCUGGACAACACAGAGUUAAUGGGAUCUGUUUGGCAAACAGCAGCCAUCCCAUCUCUGCAUCCUCAGUGGUUCUUACCACUGGUACCUUCCUGUCCGGAUCGCUCUUUAUAGGCCAGACUACAUCCCCUGGAGGUCGGAUUGGAGACGCUCCAUCAAGCGCGGGGUUGUCCCACACGUUGAGGGACAGGCUGGGGUUAAAGGUCGGAAGGCUGAGGACCGGGACACCUCCGAGGAUCGUGAAGGAUUCGGUGGAUCUGUCUUUGGCCACACUUAACCCUCCUGACAGCAGUCCAACUCCGUUUAGUUUCAUGAACACCCACACACGCUGUAGGCCAGAGGAGCAGCUGCCUUGCUACCUGACCUACACGACUCCUGGUGUGGAGAGAGUUGUGAGGGAGAGUCUUCAUCUCAACUGUCACAUACAGCAGGACGCCAAAGGCCCCCGGUACUGUCCCUCCAUCGAGUCAAGGGUGCUGCGCUUUCCUGGCCGAAGACACCAGGUGUGGCUGGAGCCCGAGGGGUUGACCUCUGACCUUUUAUACCCACAGGGUCUGUCUAUGACCAUGCCACCUGAUGUGCAGCUCCGCCUCAUUAGAGAAAUCCCUCCCCUGCACAAAGCAGAGAUCCACAUGCCUGGUUACGGGGUGCAGUAUGACUUUGUGUGCCCCACCCAGCUGAGCCCUUCUCUGCAGGUGAAGAGCACUCAGGGCCUGUUUCUGGCCGGUCAGAUCAACGGGACGACGGGUUACGAGGAGGCAGCAGCACAGGGCUUGUGGGCGGGGGUGAACGCUGGCCGCCGGGCCCUCUCCAAGCCUCCGGUGGCGCUGUCCCGAACUGAGAGCUACAUCGGCGUCCUCAUCGACGAUCUGGUGAGUCGGGGAGUUACGGAGCCGUAUCGCAUGUUCACCAGCCGAGCUGAGUUUAGAACAUCGCUGAGGCCAGACAACGCCGACCUGCGCCUCACGCUGAAAGGGUUUGAGUUGGGAUGCGUGUCCUCCUCACGACACCAGAAGGCCGUGCGAGUAAAAAACAGCCUCCAAGAUGCGCUGGCAGCCCUGCAGGCUCUCUCUCUGUCCACGACCAGCUGGAAGAGGAAGAUACCUGACGUCCAUGUGAGCGAGGCCAACAGCAACAUGCUGAGUGGGAUAGAAAUGCUGCAGUACAAGGACGUGUCCUUCCAAGUGCUGGCCUCCAUUUUUCCAGAAGUCCUUUUGCCUUUCAUGGAAUUCUCCCAAAGACUGAAGAUAGAAGCCGUGUACCGGCCUCACUGUGAGUCCAACAAAAGGGAGAUCCAGAGAAUCCAGGAGGAGGAGAACAUGUCUCUGCCUGAAGACAUCGAUUACCUGUCCCUGCCCGUGUCUCUGUCUCAGGAGGUCAGAGAGGUUCUGCACAGAGCUCGACCAAGCACCCUGGGCGCCGCGACGCGUCUGGAAGGAAUAACUCCUGCUGCGGUCGUCAAUCUCUUCAACUACGUGUGCUUUGCAGAGAAACGGAAGAAAACAUCGCACGGAAACCAGCGACGCCAAAAGGAGGGGAGAGAAGAGGAGCUGUGUGCAUCCUUACCUCAGUGACAGAUUAUCUUAGAAAAUAUUUAUUAUCUUGUAAAAUAAGUGAAUAAAAACAAGUAUUUUUACUUUUGAAAA